AUUUCUGACUAAGCACUCUCUUGAAACAAGCCUCUGGUACCUGCAGUAUCCCGUGCUGAGCGCGGCCAGGGGCCUGUCGCAGGUGGUGAGCUUUGACUGUGGCCAUUGCUCAGAUCAAAGCUGAGCUCCUGUCCCUUUACGAGCUGAAAUCCCAGGUCGUACAAGCUCAGCAACAACUUCGGAGGGAGCGAGAUUAGUGGCUGCUUUUUAACUCUUCCAUUGAUAAAUAGCGCCCCUCCUCGUCAUAUGCGCAUGAGUUGAUGCAGCUUCUUCUCAGCUCUCAACGCCCUUCGCAUUCCUUUUCUCUUUGAUCCUCCCCCCACCAACAAACAAGCAAACAAACGCCAGCAAACAACCCUAAACUCGUGCUCGUGAUGGCUUCGGUGUUCGAGUGGCAGCCUAACAGGUUUCUGCAGGACCAUCGAGGUUCGCAGCCUUUCGCCCUCCUGGUGCUCAACCAGCCGCUCAAGAAUGGCAGCAACCUGCGCAAGCUCUGGAGAAACUCUGCUCUCCGCGUAGCUGCUGAUGGAGGCGCCAACCGUCUUCAUGAGCUCUCUUCAUUUCAGGGCAAAUUUUCGAACCUUCAAGUCAUCAUUGGCGAUCUCGAUUCAUUGAGGCCGCAAGUUCACGAUUUCUACACCUCCCAGCACAACCCCGCUCAGGUUAUCCACGAUACCGACCAAGAGACCACCGACUUUGGCAAGGCCAUCGCCUGGAUCCGUAAAACGCAGCCCACCGGAACCGACAUCAUCGCCCUGGGUGGCAUUGGUGGUCGUAUUGAUCAGGGCCUCAGUCAGCUCCACCACCUCUACCUCUUCCAGUCCGAUCCUGCGUACGCAGAUGGCCGUGUUUACCUUCUCUCCGGGUCCAGCUUGACCUUUCUCUUAAAGGCUGGCACUCAUCGCAUCCAGGUCAAAGAGGAUGGUGAAGAAGAGGUGUUUGGCAAGCACGUUGGCAUCAUCCCGCUCCAGGAACCAAGCCGCAUCACAACCAAGGGACUGGAGUGGGAUGUCACCGACUGGGAAACGCGGAUGGGUGGCAGAGUCAGCACUAGCAACCAUGUUCUUCCAGAAACCAAGGUCGUCGAGGUGCAGACGACAAAGGAUGUCCUCUUUACGAUAGCGCUGAGGACUAUAGAUGGUGAGGAAGACGGAUAAAGCAUAUGCUUGGAAGGGAUAUUUCCACCAUCUUUUGAUAGCUUCCAAAAAAUUAUGAAUGGCCUUUUUUUCUUUGAU